AUGUCUGAAGAGAAAGCUAAAUCUAACACUUCUAGAGCGAUUGGGAUUGAUCUGGGAACGACGUUCUCCUGUGUUGCUGGAUACAUAAGCGGAAAGGUUGAGGUUAUUACGAACCAGGAUGGUGAGAGGACAACGCCGUCUGUGGUGAGCUUUGACGAGAACAACUGCACCGUUGUUGGAACGGCGGCCCGAAACAUGGUUGGGUCUGACCCGAUGUCUGUUAUAUUUGAUGCAAAGAGGAUGAUUGGAAGGGAGUUUGACGACCCGAAGAUCCAGAAUGCAAUCAAAGGGUGGCCGUUCAAGGUUGUGAGGUACAACCAUCGUGAGAAGAGGGAGGAGCCAAACAAGGUUUCUGAGGGAUCGAACUCGUACGACAACAUAGCGAUUAAGAUUACAAGGAACGGAAAAACAAACUACUAUGCGCCUGUUGAGAUUAGCGGGAAGGUCCUGUUGUAUCUCAAGAAUGCAGCUGAGGCAAGGCUUGGAGGGACUGUUGAUUCUGCAGUUGUAACGGUUCCUGCAUACUUCGAGGAGCCUCAGAAGGAUGUGACGAAGGCAGCGGCAACGAUUGCAGGCUUUGACCCAAACAAAGUCAGGCUUCUUGCAGAGCCUACGGCAGCAGCCAUGGCAUAUGGGCAUAUCCAGACACAGAAGAAUGCCAACUUCUCUGCAAAGGAGGAUGUCCUUGUGUUUGAUCUUGGAGGAGGUACAUUCGAUGUAUCUCUACUCGACUUUGAGUUCAACGGGGCGGCUGGGUCUCUUGGGAUUGUCAAGGCUAUUGACGGAGACACGUUCCUUGGGGGUCAGGACUUUGACAACCUGUUGAUCAACUACUGCAUCUCCGAGUUCCUCAAGAAGAACUCCUCCAUUAAGCAGUCUGAUCUGAAGGAGAGUGCUCUCCUCAGGCUCAGAGCGGAGUGCACCAGGGUCAAGGCAGUCCUCAGCUCUGCAACAAGCAGCGCCAUAUAUGUGCCGUGCUUCCACAUGACUGACGACCUGAAUGUUCAGAUCACCCGUGCCAGGUUUGAGCUUCUUUGCGACCAUCUUUUCAGGAGAUGCAUGGAGAGGACCAAGGGGUGCCUUCUGCGCUCUGCAGGUGUUCCCGAGGUUGAGUACUCUGCGGAUGGAAGCAAGCUCCUUCUGAAUCCUUCUCUUGAGAAGACUCUGAACGAGGUCAAGAAUAACAUCAGCAAGGUUCUUCUUGUCGGAGGGUCGUCAAGAAUUCCAAAGAUCAAGGCUCUGCUUGCAGAAUACUUUGGAGCACACAAGGUCAUUGAGCCUGUGAAUGCCGAUGAGGCUGUUGCAUAUGGAGCAGCAUACCAGGCAGCGUCUAUAUACUCUGAUGCUGUGGAUGCAGGGUCAAGCCUCCUUCUCAUAGACUGUGUUCCUCUGAACCUUUCGAUUGAGACUGCAGGAGGAGUUGCGACAGCCCUGAUCCAUUGUGGUGACAACAUCCCCAUUAAGAAGACAGAGACCUUCACAACCUACGAGGACAACCAGACGGCUGUGACCAUCAAUGUGUACGAAGGGAACAGGGCGAUGUGUAAGGACAACAAAAAGAUUGGGAGCUUCAAUCUAGACGGAAUCAUUGCAGCGCCCCGCGGUGUUCCCAAGAUUGAGGUUACGUUUGAUGUGGACCACAACGGAAUCCUUAUUGUCACUGCACAGGACAAGCAGACGGGCAAGGAGAAUCAGAUAAAGGUGACGAACUCGCAGAACAGGCUCAGCCAGGAAGAAAUUGAAAGGAUGACCAAGGAGGCAAGGGACAAUGAGCAGAGAGACAACGAGACCAAGGAGAAGAUGGGAAAGAGAAUGGCGUUUGACCAGGCGAUUUCCUCCUUCAAGGCCUUUGUUGAGAAGGCGAACAAUAUCUCUGAGGAGAAGAAAAGCGAGUCUCUCCGGGUUAUCAAGGAGAACGAAGAAUGGCUUUCAAAUGCCCAGAGGCCGGAGGACUUCGAGGUUGAGGAGCUUGAGAGAAGAUCCAAUGACUUCCAGAGCUUUACGAGCGACAUCAUGAAGGACGUCGGAAUGGGUGGAGCACCAGCAGCCUAA